AUGCCACUCCCUUUCUUCCGUCGGGCUGUGGCUCUGGCGGUUGGUACACUCAUGUGUCUCGUCUUCUUUUGCGAGGCAGCCACGAUUCCCGGUGGCAUCCAGCAUCUCCAGGCUGACGCCCUUCAUUCGGACGUCACUCUGAUUUUUGGUGGUGUUCCUAUUGACAAUCUUGGACUCACCGGAAAGAACAAACAUGUUUCCAACCGUGUCACCAAUGACGACCAGAACGAAGCUUCCACCAGCAGCCUCCCCUCUCGCAUGACCACCUCAAAGGCCGACGAACACCUGAUGGACUCGUACAUGCGCACCAGUGAUGAGGACUUCAAGCCCCAGUGUAACUGGCCGAAGGGGUCCCUCAGCGGCAUCUCCAUGUGCAUCGACACCCUCUCCCGGGUGCCCGAUCAAGUCUGGCAGGCCCGUGUCCCCGUCGACAUUUGCGUCAUCCGUGGUGAGCAUGUCUACAUCACCAUUCGCGGCUCGGCUUGGAUUGGGGCCCCCGGCGGCGCCCACGCCACGAGCCUUGAGAUCAUCACGGCCCUCGAGUGGAUCAGCGAUCAGUGCACCAGCUGUGAAGGACUUGAUUGCUACGCCGGUGGUGCCAAGGCCGUUGGCAAGAACAACAAGUUCAUCGUCAAGGUCAACGGCAGGAACAGGAAGGACGGUACAACUGGCGAAAAACGCGACGAGAGUGCUCAGAAUACCAGCAAGGCCAACAACAGCAACGAGACGCUCUCCAAGCGGUCUUCUGAUGAGUGGGACUCUUGCUCCUGGCCAAGAGGUCCCGUCAAAGCCCUCGUCAACAAAUGUAUAGCCGACCAGCGACGCAACCCCAACAGGCUGUACCAGACGUUGGACUUUAUUGAGAUUUGCCGCGUCGAGGGCACUGAGAUGGACGCGGAGGGUAGAGUCGAGACGCUUCAGAUUAACGGGUUCGUCAAGGAGGGCGCUGCCUGGGCGGAGGCCAGCGGCACAGACAUUCUGGAGGCCCUGGACUGGAUGCGCGACCGGUGCUCGACGUGCCGCGCCGCGCGUGACGACUGCUACGUCGGCGGCUUUAAGGCUGUUGGGCCCAAAGAUGACUUUAUCGUACAGGUCGUUGGCGGCAAAAAGGAAGAUCGACUUGCAGCUCGCGAUGCCGGCGAGAAGUCGACAACCGCCACAAGAGAACUCGCCAGGUACAUUCCCGAUGAGGAACUCAUCAACAUCGGAGCCAAAAAGGCUCAGGCUGACGUGUGCACUUGGCCUCGCGGGCCCAUGACUUCGGUCCUCGAAUGCAUGGACCAGAUGAAGGUUGAUCCGGAAAAGGUGUUCAAGACCUCUGACUGGGUCAGGAUUUGCCGCAUCCAAGGAAGCCAAGACCGGCACAUGCUGAGCAUCUAUGGUUACGCCAGGGAUGGGCACGCCGAGGGCGAGGCCACGGCCGAGGAGGUGUACCAGACGUUGCGCUGGGCCAAACGUUACUGUACGAGCUGCCAUGAACCUCACAAGAAUUGUUAUGUUGGCGGCUGGUGGCUCACGGGCAAAAAGAAGAACAUGGUGGUCCAAAUCACGGGCAGCGCCCCGCACAAGGACGCUCGCUCUCUAUUCCUAGAUGCUGGCGAAGACGCCAACCUUCGGAGCCUCUCGCCCGCCUCUCCUGCCAUCGAAGCUGUCCCCUUCCACGAGAUUCCUGCGAAGGACAGUGCAGGCGAGGAACAAGACGACACCCCGGCCUCUCUCAACAAGCCCAUCAUCUACAAGUACAACGACCUCACGAGCAACACGACGCAGUACCUCUUCGGCCCCAACCGUGAGCCGCUCGAAGCCACGACGGACCUCACCUGGUCUGACGUUCAGCAAGCUGCCUCGGCCCUGACGCCCACCUCUCGCGUCGCCUACAACGCACAGCUUCUGAGCGCCGACGCCCUCAACCCGUCCCCCGAGUGCCACGCGAACCAGGUCCCGACCAAGGGCACCUACGCCCAGGCCUGUCUCGACUUUCUGUGGGCAAACCGCGACAACACGUGGGACAUGCCUAAGAAGACGGAGGUUGACAUCUGUGCGGUGCAGGUGCAGACCGUACGCGCCGGGGAGGACGGACAAGGAGAGGCCUGGAAGGACGUGUUCCGCAUGUACGCAACAACGUGUGCCUGCCAGAAGGGGCUGAAGCUCCAGGCUGGUGCCGCCGCUGCGGGCUUACAGAGGCUCAUGGACACGUGCAGUCAAUGCAACGAUGGAGGCAUGUGUCAGGUUGGCGCAACACUGCAGUUUGAGGGUAACCUCGAGUUGAAGCUGCAUGUUGUGUCGUACAGCGAGAAGGUUGAAGAGCCUGCUGCGAGUGGUGCAUGA